UUGGGACCAAAGAAAGCUCUCUCUCUCUCUCUCUCUCUCUCUCUCUCUCUCUCUCAAACACAAACACAAACACGUUCCCAUCAAGAAGAAAUCGUCCACUGACUCAGACUCAGACUGAGAGAUUAGGAAAUUCAGUUUCCUUUUCUGUUUGGGGUUUUUGAUUGUUGUGGGAUUUAUUGCAAGAGGGUUUGCGAUUUGGGAAAUUCAUUCCACGUUGCAAGAGGGUGCAUUAUUGGAAUUGUCUGGAAAGGUUUCACAUGGUCAUGGACAAUCCUGAUCCUGAUCAGAAGAAGAGGAAGAGGAAGAAUAGUAGAGACUCUGUGGCUGAGACACUGGCGAAGUGGAAAGAAAAAAAUACUGCCCAGUUUGCGUCUUGUGGGGCUCCUAAAGUUCAAGCCAAAGGGUCAAAGAAAGGGUGUUGUGUAAAAGGAAAAGGUGGACCUGAAAACUCACUGUGCCAUUACCGAGGGGUUAGGCAGAGGACAUGGGGUAAGUGGGUGGUGGAGAUUCGUGAGCCAAAUGGUGGAAAAAAACUCUGGCUAGGGACUUUUGGGACUGCCGUUGAUGCUGCGUCCGCGUAUGACAAAGCUGCUUCAACAAUGUAUGGUUCCUCUGCUCGACUUAACUUUCCAGAUAUCACAAGUCGCACAUCCCCAAUGGAAUCUGUGAAGGAUUGCUGCUGGAGUUCCUCUGAGUCGGUCCCUUAUUCAAUGGGAAGUCCUGUGGGAUCUGAAUCCACAACUGCAGCAAACCCUUCUGAGUAUUGUGCUGAUGAGGGUGCACUGUAUUAUCCUGUCACUGAAGCCGACAUGCCAAGUUUGGUGGGGACAGAGGCCGAGGGUGAGUCUACUGGUGUGUCUGAGUUUUGUGCUGAUGAGGGUACUCUGUAUUAUCCUGUCACAGAAGCUAAGGAUGAGUCUACAAACUAUUUUGGGGAUAAUGGACAGGAGAACUUGCUGGACUGUUCAGAAAAUGAAAAUUUUAUGUAUGAAAUUAUGGCUCUAUUAAACGAUCCUGUUGGCAACACAGAUUCAGUGCUGGGUUUUGGUUAUGAUGCUGAUCAACUUGGAUUGGGGAAAUUUUAGCAGGCUCUUUAACAGUAUGCCACUUAUACCACUUAUUGGAGUGAGCUUUUAAAGGUUUAGACUUCGUGUAAAUGUCUAGUUUUGGUCGGUAUUAGUACACUUGUCAAAAAGUUUUGGUAGGGUAUUUUUAUUCCCUUACUGAUUCUGUGUUAAGGUUUAUACUUCAUGUAAAUGUCCAGUUUUGGUCAGUAUUACUAUUAGUACUGUUAGUUAUCACUUAUCAAAAAGUUUUGGUAGGAUAUUUGUAUAUGCAUGCUGGAUUCUGUUUUGAGGUUUAGCCUUCAUGUAAAUGACUAGUUUUGGUCGGUAAUAGAAUUACUUAUCAACAAAUUUUGGUAGCAUAUUUGUAU